AUGGUCCAGCUUCUGAUUGAGUCUGUCGGAUUUGGGUCGGCCAUGCGCAUUACUGCGUUUCUUCUCGUCGGGCUCCUGAUCUUCGGCAACAUCGCCGUCAAGUCUCCCUUGCCGCCUGUGAAGAAGCCCUUCACGCUGAAGGAGUAUUUCGUACCUCACGGAGUUGCCAUCCUUGUUUCUUGCCCUCGGCUCCUUUUUCGUCUACGUCGGUGCCUUCGUACCUUUCAACUUCACGAUCGUCCAGGCCAAGGAGGUGGGCACACCACCACGACUACUUCGAUCAUCAUCUACGCCGUGCUUUACGGAUUUGCGUCAGGCUUGAUGCUCUCGAUUGUCCCUGCAUUGGUGGCUUCCAUCUCGGACAUCCAGGACCUGGGGUUCCCGCGUCGGGACGCUGGGGUGUUCUCAUCGUUCUUUCGCGAGUGA